AUGUAUUUUUCUCUCACGCUCCAACCGCGGCCAGCGAUGGACGUCGGGAGUGUUCCUGUGGAGCUGACGACUCGACCCCGUGCGAAUGUGGCUUUCUGCGGUCUGGAUCUCGGUAAACCAGAACAUCAGACAGUAUGGGAAGCUUUUACUGAAUCGCGGGGCUCUGAGCGCGAGUUCCUGCGAUUCACCAACUACGACUUGAGCCACGUUUUCCCUCAAGCGAAGACAAAGCGGACAUCUUAUGAAGCCUACGUAGAGCGAGGAAUUCUCAAAUCGAACUGGCUCCACAAGCACACGAAGCUUAUUCCUGCCGUCGGGGUGUAUUUCUUCGAUCUUGACUGGGAUGAAGGUGAUUUCACAACGCUCAAGGAUCAGUGCGCCCGGGAGCUCUUGCAGUUCAAGAAGAAUCUUUCCGGCAGAGACAGCAGAUUAUGUCUAGUUUUGGUCCAGCGAAGGGCCAGCUCGCCGGUGAACGACAACAAACUGGCUGCAGAGAGAGCUCAUGAUUUGACUCAGGCCUGCGAGAUACCGCUGAAAUCCCUCUUCGUUCUUCAAUACACCGAACAUCUCCUUGGCUUCGUCAUGAGGCUCGAGACAGCUAUAAUGGAUAUGGCGAAAUCUUACUACUCGGGAGAGUACAGGAGACUCUCGGCUCAGAACCAACUGUUGACCAAAGGCUCGCAUCAGUUACUUUUCAUCAGGCAUCAUUUCAAGAUGGGAACCUUCCAGGAAUUAAAACAAGAUCUAACUGCGGCGGGAAAGCACUAUAAACAGGCAUAUACCUUCCUCGCCGAGCUUCGGGCGACCGAUCCGAAUUUACUUGAAGUGAAAACGGUCGCGGGAAUAAUUAAUUACAAGAUAUGCCAGCUCCUAUUUGAGCAGAACUCGCCCCUCGAUGCUAUCCAUCAGCUUCGGCGUCACAUUGAGAACUUCAAGACCUCGGUCGGACCUGCCGCACUCGCUUUCGAACACUACGCAUGGCUGAGCAGGCAGAAUUCUCUCUUCGGGGACCUAUUCGACCUCGCUGUUCGACGGGGCCUGGUGCCAAUUCAAACGCAACAUCCCGGUUUCUACUACUUGUCGGCCGCUCAGCAUGCACUUCUCCGGAAAAAAGCGGCUCAGCAGCUUUGCCAGGCGAUGACAUUAUUCUCCCGACGGCAGGACGCCCCAGACAUCCCGGAACCCGAUCCCCUCAUCGAUGCAGGAAGCGUACCAUAUUACGGACAAAGGCCGUGGCGGGCGGCUGUCGCUAAGGGAGAAGCUCCGGACCCACAAUUGGAGGAAAUCGCAAUCAAAGCGUUGCAGUAUCACGAGAAACACACCAAUCAGUCUAACAUCAUCAUCCCCCUCUUGAGUGGUGCGGUGUCCCAGUUCAAAAAAUACAGAGGACCGAGGCACAAGCGUCGCCAGAUGGUUCUGUUGGCCGAAGAAUACAUCGCGAACUCAGAACAUGACAAGGCACUGUCUAUCCUGAUGCAUGUUCUACUGGACUAUCGGCAGGAACGCUGGCCAUCCCUCCUGACAGAAAUCUUAGCGACGGCUCUCCGGGCGGCUUACCUAGCGGCUAAUCCGGUGCAUUAUCUCACCUUGGCUAUCGAGUACAUGUCCGCGUGGACUGAUUGUUCCCGUGAACUCCGGGAUUCUCUCCUGAACGAUGUUGCGCGGAUUCUCGACGGCCAGAUUCCGACGAAGCCCUUCGCCGACUUAGAAGACAAGAGUUCUCUGUGGACCGACAAAUUGCAGACGGCCCUGAAACCUGAUUGCCCGGUCGUUCUCGAUAUGGACAAGCUACGCUCCUGCAUACAUUGCAAAGCGUAUUUCAAGUCUCCGACGUACUCCUCGGACGAAACUAUCCAGCUCCUCGUGUACGUUCGAUCAGAAUUGAACCUGGAUAUCAAUUUCGUCUCCAACUUUAGCGUGCAUUUCAACCACAAUGUGUACGACAGUCAGUGCGCUGUGACAGAUCCCAGAGUUCUGGGACUAGUCGCGGGCAGGACGCACACAUUCAACUUCACUUUCCCGGCUAAUCAACAGCAUGUCGGAGGUCAGAUCAAGGUCGUCGGCGUCUCAAUGAUUUUAGGCAAUCAAAACUGGUCGGGAACGGCCCCGAAGCCGCUGGUGAUGUUGAAAUGGUCGGCAGCGUCCUUAGGUACACAGUUCUUCAAACUGGCUUGGGAUCCGAUCCCUCAGAAGAAGACCGAACGGGAAUCGAGCUUCAUGGAGUUGCCUCAUCGGCUCUCUGCCACCAUCGCGCAUCGCCCCGCUCGCAUGAGCCUGAAAUGGUCUCUAGAAGGCCCCGCGCUCUGCGAGGAACUGCUACCGCUGAAAAUUGAAUUGACCAACAAUGAGUCCGGAGACAUCGGCAACGUCCAGGCGACUAUAACCACGACAUCAGCGGGAACAAACUUCACUCUCGAUCCGAAUCUCGCAGCGGAUCGGCCGUCUCUCACCGUAGACAUUCCCCCGAUCCGGUCGGGCUCUAGUCAAUCCGUCAGCGUCUUGGUCCGCUCGACGGAGGUCGGAACGAAAGACGUCGACUUGACGAUUUACUAUGAAACCUCUCUAAAUGUAGAAUCCGAAGGAAAGAACGUCCUGUGCAAGUGUCACCGACACGACGUCAUGAAACUGAGCGUGGAGAGAGCCUUCGAUUUGGGAGGCUUCCUCCUGAGUAGAAAAGUAAGCCCGAUCAGUAAGAUCCGCGCGGGCGAACCAUUCAUCCUGGCGGUGGAUAUUUCUAGCCGUUCCGAAUGUGGACAUGGUCUAGAACUUGGGGAGUGUGCCGUAGAGUUGGGUUCGAACGUCAAGUCCAUUGGAAACUCGAACCACGUCGAUUCCCUUCCAGGCUCCUCUCAAGUUUUAGGAGUCCAGCUCCUGAAAGGAGAAACAGCGCGAGAUUGCUAUUUCCUGCAAGCGGACAACCCGACGGAAACCGAAGUUACCUCACUCGGAGUUUUCCGUUACAAAUGGAAAAGGGAGACCUACCAACAUUGGAACGAAGGGCGUUUCAUUCUUCCAUCUCCUAUCGUUUUGACGUGCCCGAUAUCGCUCAACCUUCGAACUCCACCUCAUGCGCGAGUCCGCACGCCUCUGCCGGUGCAGUAUUCAUUGUUGAAUCGAAGCGACCGAAUCCAGGAAAUUAACCUGCAGAUGAACUCUUCCGAGGCUUUCAUGUUCUCCGGCAGCAAACAGCUGUCGCUCCGGAUCCCGCCGGGGAAAAAAGAGUUCUUGCAAUACAACCUCUAUCCGCUAGUGGCUGGAUACGUGGCUCUGCCGAAACUUCAUCUGCAACUCGAUCCGGAAACCACACCUGUGGAUCUGGAUUCAAUCGUCGACGAGAUGCUGCCAGCCUACAUUUUUGUGAUGCCGCACGGCAAAGGAGCCAAGAGUCCCAGCUGA